AUCCAUUGGAGGUGUGUCUUCAAGGUCAAGGUCUUUCAAACAUUUAAUAACAACACAGUUUAGUGACAAUGUCGAUGAAGGCAAGUUCAACUUUGUGUAAAGUAAUCUUCAACAGCAGCCCUCGACUCUUGGCAUGUCGAUCACAAGGAACUGUUGCACAGUCGCAGAGAACUUCAGAAAAAGCAGCAAAUAAAACAGCUGCCAAAUUCAACUGGCAGGAUGCCCUUAACAUGGAAAGCCAGCUGACGGAGGAAGAAAAGAUGGUGCGAGAUUCCUUCCGUGCUUAUUGCGAUGACAAGCUCAUGUCAAGAAUUAUAAUGGCCAACAGAAAUGAAAAAUUUGACCCAGAAAUAGUGUCAGAAAUGGGAUCCAUCGGAGUGCUAGGGCCCACCAUCAAAGGAUAUGGAUGUGCUGGUGUUUCCUCGGUAGCUUACGGCCUGAUAGCUAGAGAGGUUGAAAGGGUAGACAGUGGCUACAGGUCAGCCAUGAGUGUGCAGUCCUCACUUGUCAUGCACCCUAUCUAUGCUUAUGGCACAGAGGAACAGAAACAGAAAUAUCUGCCAAAGUUAGCAAAAGGUGAGCUGAUCGGCUGUUUUGGGCUGACGGAACCAAACCAUGGGAGUGACCCCUCGUCCAUGGAGACAAAAGCACGAUACAAUCCCUCCAGUAAAACCUACACAAUGAAUGGAACAAAAUCAUGGAUCACAAAUUCCCCUAUAGCGGAUGUAUUUAUUGUGUGGGGUAAGUGUGACAAGGAUAAUGACAAAAUCCGAGGGUUUAUCCUGGAGAAAGGGAUGAAAGGCCUGACUGCUCCAAAGAUCGAGGGAAAGUUCUCACUGAGGGCCAGCAUCACUGGACAGAUCGCCAUGGACGAUGUAGAAGUCCCCGAGGAAAAUAUGCUGCCUAAUGUCAUGGGCUUAGGGGGCCCAUUUGGCUGUUUGAACAAUGCUAGAUAUGGAAUUGCCUGGGGAACACUUGGUGCAGCAGAAUUCUGUCUGGAGACCGCCAGGCAGUACACUUUAGACAGAAUACAGUUUGGAAAACCUCUAGCCAAAAAUCAACUUCAACAGAAAAAAAUGGCCGACAUGUUAACUGAAAUCUCAAUUGGUCUUCAAGCUUGCGUACAGGUUGGAAGACUAAAAGAUGAGGGGAAGGCAACACCAGAAAUGAUCUCAAUGAUCAAGAGAAACUCAUGUGGCAAGGCUUUGGAUAUUGCUCGAGUUGCACGAGAUAUGCUCGGAGGAAAUGGAAUCUCGGAUGAAUACCACAUCAUCAGACAUGUUAUGAAUCUGGAAGCUGUCAACACAUAUGAAGGCACACACGACAUCCAUGCCUUGAUUUUGGGUCGAGCAAUCACUGGGCUCCAAGCUUUUACCUCCGACUGAAUGAACUAUAAAGAGUGGAGUGUUGACUUUAUUGUGUCUGUGAUAUAUAUCAAAAAAAAGAAGAAGAAAUCAACAGCCGAAAAACUUCAAGUGUUUGAAAUUUUAUUUUUGUCAGCUAAAAUUAAUAAGCCUAUAAUUUAUGACUCUGGAAAAUCUUAUAUGGACAAAACUGGUAUUUAUUUACUAAUAUUUUUUUUAAGAUUUACUAAAAAUUGUCUCAUAUGGAACUUGUGUGCUAAACUAUAGUAUUAUGAAUUAUGGUACAUGGUACAUUAUGGUACAUUUUUAUCUUUUAAAUGCUGAUAAAUGCAUUAAUUUUCCUUGUCGAAUCCGGUAUUUUUUAUACCCUAUCUCUAAAUUUUGUUUAUAGAAUUUCUACAGAUUUGAGAGUUUAUGUUUAUUUUGGAGGCAGAUAUCAUUGAAUUCUAUCAUGACUUUGAAUUUGUAUGUAUAAAUACAUGAACAUGUAUGUUUAUUCAAGGAAAUACUUAAAAUACCAUGUGUUUUUUCAAUGUUGUGAAUAUCUUAAUCUUGUUUCAUCGGGUAUUUUAAAAUUGUGAGAUUAUACGGAGUUGCAAUUUGAUUAUUGUUUACUAUAUAUAUAAACAUGUACAAUCAAGUGUACAAAUCUUCAACAGUUAAAAAAAAAAUCACUAUGUGAAAUAGAUUAGGCGUCGAUAUGAUAGGAGAAAUAAACAAUAAUUUUUUUUUUCAGAUCCUUUUCCUCGUUUUCUACAAAGCGUUAUCAAUCCUUCCUUAUUCGAAGUGAAUUAUAUCUAUCACCGAUCACGGCUUGGUUUCCCGGCUUCAGUUCCUUGUAUGAUGAUUAUUGUACCGUUUCCUUCGAGUCUGUAUGAUUUAUACAUCAUGUACAGAUAGGACACCUGUUGUGUUUGUUUACAAUUUGACCAAAAGGACUUAUAAUAUUUUUUGUAUUACCGUGAUACCACAUGUAGUAUAGCGCCCCUACUAGGCUUUGAACUUUGUUCGCUUGGGUUUAAAAUCUACAACAGUUUUAGAAAAGUUAAACAACAUAUGCAAGAGGAAAUACAUAGAGAUGUCAAAUAAUUACCCAAAUCAAAUAACUAAACUUCAUGAUGAAAUUUUCUAUGAUUAAGGAAGCGCAGAGUUGAAGCAUUUAAAAACCAGACUGAAGUGAUGAAAACUUGAAAUGGGAAAGAUACCAUUUAAAACUU